CGCGGCAGGAAGGGGACGCCGCGACUUCCGGACCUCCCCAGUUUCUCCGAUCCUGGCUGUGUGGGGCUGCUGGGGGCUUAAGAGUGACUGCUGGUGAUGGCCGCGGCCGUCGCUAUGGAGACAGAUGAUGCUGGAAAUCGACUGCGGUUUCAGUUGGAGCUGGAAUUUGUACAGUGUUUAGCCAACCCAAAUUACCUUAACUUUCUUGCCCAAAGAGGUUACUUCAAAGAUAAAGCUUUUGUUAAUUAUCUUAAGUACUUGCUUUACUGGAAAGAACCAGAAUAUGCCAAGUAUCUAAAGUACCCUCAGUGUUUACACAUGUUAGAACUGCUCCAGUACGAACACUUCCGCAAGGAGCUGGUGAAUGCUCAGUGUGCGAAAUUUAUUGAUGAGCAGCAAAUUCUGCAUUGGCAGCACUAUUCCCGGAAGCGGAUGCGCCUUCAGCAAGCCCUGGCGGAGCAGCAACAGCAGAAUAACACAUCAGGAAAAUAAAAAGCUGGAUCCCGACCAGGCUCUUAAGACAUGUAUAUAUUGCUUUUGUACAGUGAAGAAGAAAAAAAAAAGACUGUUCCUGCGUACCUUUAUUAUGGUAGCAGCCAGAACCGUUAGUGUGCUUAUUUAAUUGAACUUUUAUUGUUACUAGAUUAUUUCUGUUAAACCUGAAUUGUUUUACUUUGA